GUGAAUCAUUUUGUCUAGAAAACUUAACACUUACUUGUCUCUAAUGAACUCAUUGUUAUUGUUUCAGAACACAAAAUGUACAGAGAAAGUAUGUCUAUCGAGUAUAAUGAGCAUCCCCGGCAGAGAAGAGAAGGUGCGCAGUCCAGAAGAAGUUUACCAAGAGGCACAAGUGUUUCUUAGACAAUACUACGCUUCUAUUCGUAGGGAAAAUUCAGAAGCACACAGAAUAAGACUAGAAGAAGUAAAAAAAGAAUUGGAUGAGAAAGGAACAUACCAAUUGAAGUCUUCAGAGCUUGUGUUUGGAGCUAAAUUAGCUUGGCGCAAUGCUACCAGAUGUAUUGGACGAAUACAAUGGAAGAAGUUACAGAUGUUCGACUGCAGGGAAGUAACUACAGCUAGUGGAAUGUUUGAAGCUCUCUGCACUCACAUCAAGUAUGGAACGAAUAAAGGGCAGAUCAGGUCAGCAAUUACGAUAUUCCCUCAACGCACAGACGGCAAACAUGACUACAGAAUAUGGAACCCACAGCUCAUUAGUUACGCUGGGUAUCGGAUGCCCGACGGUUCCAUACUUGGAGAUCCUGGACGGUUGGAGUUUACUGAUGUAUGCUUAAGGUUAGGAUGGAAGCCAAAGGAAAAGACUGCGUGGGAUAUAUUACCGUUGGUGUUAUCAGCUGAUGGAAAAGACCCGGAAUACUUUGAAAUACCCAGAGAAAUUGUUAUGGAAGUGCGUAUGGACCAUCCAAACUAUGAUUGGUUCCAAGAUCUUGGUCUGCGCUGGUAUGCCUUACCAGCCGUCUCUGGCAUGAGAAUGGACUGUGGAGGUCUAGAAUUCACCGCUACUGCUUUCAACGGCUGGUACAUGGGCACUGAGAUUGGUUGCAGAAACUUUUGCGACAGCAACCGUUUUAACGUCCUUGAGACGGUGGCCACAAAAAUGGGUCUCGACACAAACAUGUCAGUAUCCUUAUGGAAAGACAAGGCUUUAGUGGAAGUUAACAUAGCAGUGCUGCACAGCUACCAUAGAGACAACGUGUCUAUAGUGGACCACCACUCUGCUUCGGAACAGUUCAUGAAACACAUGGAGAAUGAGAGUAGAGCACGGGGAGGUUGUCCAUCCGAUUGGAUCUGGAUAGUCCCACCAAUGUCAUCGUCUCUGACUCCAGUGUUCCAUCAAGAGAUGGCUCUAUAUUACCUACGACCUUCGUACGAUUAUCAGGAACCUGCUUGGAAGACCCAUCAAUGGUCGAAGUCAGAUGGCGUGAAAACUGUACGCAGAAAGUUCCACUUUAAGCAGAUUGCCCGAGCCGUCAAGUUCACUUCCAAACUGUUUGGCCGAGCCCUCUCUAAGCGCAUCAAGGCAACAAUUUUAUUCGCAUCCGAGACAGGCAAAUCUGAACAGUAUGCCAAGGAGUUAGGUGUCCUUUUUGGACACGCGUUCAAUGCACAGGUCCAAUGUAUGUCCAAAUACGACAUGUUCUCGAUUGAGCACGAAACUCUACUGAUAAUUGUAACAUCAACCUUCGGGAAUGGAGAGCCACCGACAAAUGGAGAAGAUUUCGCAAAACAUCUAGUCGAAAUGCUAAACAAUGAAAAAGAAAGCCAGGACGAUGUCGUGGAUUUGUGUUCUGCGGGUUACAAAACAUCAGCAAAGUCUCCAGCCCUAUUGAGAACAAACAGCUUCUUAGCAUCCAGUAGGGAUUACAAUCGCCAGUUAACUCGAUUAGAGUCCAACAAAAGUGUAGUUACAGUAACAUCAUCAGUGGAACACAUAGCUCCUCUAAGCAACGUACGCUAUGCAGUAUUCGCGUUGGGUUCCAGUGCGUACCCUAAGUUCUGUAACUUUGGUAAAUUCAUUGACAAUAUCAUCAAUAAUCUGGGUGGUGAAAGAAUUAUGGAGUUGUGCUGUGGGGAUGAAAUGUAUGGACAGGAACAACGUUUCCGGACUUGGUCGUCAGAAAUAUUCUUAGAAUCCUGUAGGACAUUCUGUCUAGAUGAAAGUGACAUGGUCAGGGACGCACAGAAUGCCCUGGGUAUCAUACCAGUUACAGAAGAAACCGUACGGUUUGGAAGACCGGCAGCAGAACUGCCUUUAAUCAAUGCUUUAGAAGCAGGAUUUAGAAAACAAUUAAUUACUUACAAAGUAGAAGAAAACAAAACAUUGUCUGAACAUAAGGAAACAAACGCCGAAACGAUAUUUGUGGAUCUGAAACCAAUGAGCGAAAUAAAAUACGUCCCUGGUGACCACAUUGGUGUUAUGCCAGUGAAUAGAAAAGAAAUAGUAGAUACUGUUCUAGAAAGACUGAGAGGAGUUGAAGAUCUUGACAAAAUAGUACAACUCAAAAUCAUGAAGGAAACUCUAACACCCACAGGUACCGUGAAAACCUGGGAGAGAUACGAAAGAUUACCUCCAGCAUCAAUUCGCAAUAUCUACACAAGGUUCUUGGAUAUCACAACGCCACCUACGACUAAAGUACUCAAGUACUUAGCAGAGUCUUGUACCGACGAGGCGGAAACUAAACAAAUCAAUGAACUGGUUGCUGAUUCAAACAAAUACCACGACUGGAUCAGUUUCCACUACCCUCACUUGGCAGAAGUAUUUGCCCAGUUCCCCUCCUGUAGACCACAAGCAUCACUACUCGCUACCCUGCUGAGUCCCUUACAGCCCAGGUUCUACUCCAUAUCAUCAUCACUUCUGGCCCAUCCUCAAAGGGUUCAUGUCACCGUGGCUGUCGUUGUUUAUAAGACUCAAAAUGGUGAAGGACCAAUGCACUAUGGUGUUUGUUCAAACUAUCUGAAAAGUCUACAACCCGGAGACGAAAUUAUUGCAUUUAUCAGACAUAAACCAAGCUUCCACAUGCCCAAAGACAUAUCAGCUCCACUCAUCCUGGUAGGUCCUGGUACUGGAAUAGCACCAUUCAGAGGAUUCUGGCAUCAUAGAAGACAUCUCAUCAAAGAGCUGGUGUCUCACAACCCUGGACCAGUUUGGUUGUUCUUCGGAUGCAGAUACAAGAGCAUGGAACUGUAUAAGGAAGAGAAAGAAGAAGCAGUGCUUGAUGGUACGCUACAUAAAGCCCGUUUGGCCCUGUCAAAGGAAGAAGGAGAUCAUAGAAAAUACGUCCAAGCUCUACUAGAAGAUGAAGGAGCAGAAAUGACCAGACUAUUAGUUGAAGAGCACGGCCACUUCUACGUGUGCGGUGAUUGCAAAAUGGCUGACGAUGUGGAACAAAAACUGGAAGAAAUCAUUCAGAAACACGGCGACAUGACAGAGGAGGAGGCGAAGGAAUUUAUCGCCAGCUUACGGAAUGAAAACCGAUACCAUGAAGAUAUCUUCGGAAUCACACUUCGAACAGCUGAAGUACACAGUGCAUCCAGAGCGACGGCCAAGAGGACUCGCAUAGAAUCCUUAAAGUCACAAACGUCAACUACUUCGUUAGUAGGAUAG